AUGGGACAAGGGGGAUCCACAGGAGCGGUCGAGGGUUCACCUUUGGAUUGCAUCUUGAAAAACUUCUCUGAUUUCAGAAAGCAGGCAGAGCGCUAUGGAGGGAAUCCUCCCGACCCGGAGACCCUCCGAACGUUCUGCCAGCUUGAGUGGCCCACCUUUAAUGUUGGGUGGCCGACUGAGGGAACUUUCCAAUUGCCAAUUUGUUUCUCGGUCCAACGAGUCACCUACGUGGUGCCUCAUCCGGACCAGCAAAUCUACAUCAAUGUCUGGACGGAUAUUGCCACGGAUAGGCCGGGCUACGUCCGGAAGUGCAGCCAAGGGCAGGCAGGGACAAACAGGAGGGGUAGAGCGGUGUGCCUAGCCGUUGGAUCGGGAGAGAGGAGAGGCCCCCAAAGAAAUAGCGGAAGGGGGGGUGCUGAGCCCCAGCCUUCGUCGGAACCUGAAGGAAACCGACCGUAUCCAGUCCUGCCAGCCCAGCCCGAGGACCCCUUAGAUCCUGUUAAUGCCCCACCGCCGUAUCCCACCCUGGCGGCACCCGAUUCCUCCGAGCAAUCCGGGGAAAUUGUUAGUCCGCCCCACACCCGGGGAGGGACCUCUUACAGUGGUGAGGGACAGAAAGGCUGGCGCGCUCCGGACUCUAGAGAGCCGGCCCUGCUACCGCUCCGAGAGGCGCCCACGGCCCCGGACGCCCCUAGGGGCUUGAUUUCCCUACUGGAAACUAUAUUCCGGACCCACCAGCCCACAUGGGAUGAUUGCCAGCAGAUAUUGCAGACCCUGUUUACGUCUGAGGAAAGGGAAAGGAUCCUGAGGGAAGCAGGGAAGGCGGUUAUGGGGGAGGAAGAAGGGACAGCGGGAGGAAGAAGGGAGUUGGAGGAAAUACUCCCCUCCAUCCCCCCUGAUUGGGAUCCGAACACUGGAGGGGGAAGGGAGGCACUUCUGCAGUACCGCUGAGCUCUUCUGAGGGGAUUGCGGGGGGCAGCCCACAAGCCCACAAAUUUUGGGAAGGUGAGUGAGGUAGUGCAGGGACGAGACAAGACCCCUGGCGCAUUCCUGGAAAGAUUAAUGGAGGCGUACAAGGUAUAUACCCCAUUAGACCCAGAGGCAAGGGAGAAUAGGAGACUUGUAAACAUAGCCUUUGUCACGCAAUCAGCCACGGACAUAAGGAGGAAAUUGCAGAAGAUAGAGGGAUUUGAGGGAGAGAAUAUCAGUAAACUGCUAGAAAUAGCCCAAAAGGUAUAUGUCAACAGGGAUGACCCAGAGGUUGGGAAGGCUAGGGAAGUAGCAAAAAUUCUGAUAGUGGCGCAGAGGGAAGGAGGUGCACCCAGAGGGAACCCCGGUAGGGGGAACAGAGAAAGGAGGGGAGCCCGGCUAGAGAAGGAUCAGUGCGCCAUCUGCAAGGAGAAGGGGCACUGGAAGAGGGAAUGCCCCAAGAGGAAGGGGAUAGAGGAGCUAAGGGGGACCCCUGGGGUGCUCCUGCAGACCCUAGACUGACGGGGCCAGAGCUCCAUAAGCAUUGGCUCCCGGGAGCUCAUGGUCACCUUGACAGUCGAAGGAAGACCAGUUGAUUUCCUAGUCGACACAGGAGCCACAUGUUCUGUCCUGAAGCAGCCCCAAGGAAAACUGGAAAAGGAAACAGCCAAAAUUAUAGGAGCCACCGGGAAAUCAGAGACUUAUCCUUGGACAAGUGCGAGAAUUACGGACCUUGGAAAAGGGACAAUCACUCACUCUUUUCUGAUUAUACCGGAUUGCCCCUACCCUCUGCUAGGAAGGGACUUACUUCAAAAGUUGCAAGCCUCCAUAGUGUUCAAGACACCCAAGGAAGAGAAGGGGGACCCCAGAUUAGAAGUUACUGUUCCCCUGUUGGAAGAGUACCUGCUAGCUGUGAGUGAGGCCGAGCCUCAUUCCACUGGAGUUCCCCAGGCACUCUGGGAAAAGAUACCUGGGGUAUGGGCAGAGACCAACCCCCCAGGACUGGCAGUACAUCAGGCGCCAGUAGUAGUCCAGUUAUUGAGUACAGCCACCCCAGUGCGAAUCAGGCAGUAUCCGAUUCCCGCCAGAGCCAAGGAGGGGAUAGCUAAGCACUUGCUGCGGUCACUGGCCGCUGGAAUUCUAAAGAAGCGCCAGUCCCCCUGGAAUACUCCCCUGCUGCCUGUGCAGAAACCUGGGACAUCUGAUUUCCGCCCUGUACAAGACUUAAGGGAAGUGAAUGCCCGGGUAGAGACAAUACAUCCCACAGUGCCAAAUCCUUAUACGCUUUUGAGUGCUUUGUCUCCUACCCACAAAUAUUACUCGGUCUUAGACUUAAAGGAUGCAUUCUUUUCCAUCCCACUGGCACCCCAGAGCCAAGAAAUUUUUGCCUUUGAAUGGAAUGACCCUGAGCAUGGCCUGGGAGGUCAGUACACCUGGACAAGGCUGCCCCAGGGCUUUAAAAAUUCCCCUACCAUUUUUAACGAGGCUCUCAGCCAGGAUCUACAAGAGUACAGGAGAAAACACCCCGAGGUAGUACUCCUACAGUACGUAGACGACCUUCUCAUGGCUGCGUCCCACGCCAGUGAUUGCGAGCAGGCAACAGAGGACUUGUUGAGGGAGCUCGAGAGGCUGAGAUACAGAGUCUCAGCCAAGAAGGCACAAAUCGUGUCUACCAAGGUAAGCUACCUGGGGUAUGACCUGAGCGGAGGAUUAAGAACCUUAUCUGAGCUAAGGGUCCAGACUAUCCUAUGGAUACCAGAGCCAACCACCAAACGGCAGGUGAGAGAAUUUCUAGGAGCCGUGGGAUACUGUAGGCUCUGGAUCCUAGGGUACGCCAGGCUUGCUCAGCCCCUCUACGACAUGACAAAGGGGAAAGAGACUGAGUUUGCCUGGACUGAGGAGGGGCAGAAGGCGUUUUGGGCCCUGAAGGAAGCCCUUGAAGAGGAUGAAGUAGUGUGGAAACAAGCUCUGCCCAAGGGGACAUCGGCCCAGAGAGCAGAGUUGGUCGCACUCACCCAAGCCCUCCGGAUGGCCGAGGGAAGGACGGUCAACAUUUACACGGACAGCAGGUAUGCUUUUGCAACAGCCCAUGUGCAUGGGGCCAUCUACCGGGAGCGCGGGCUACUGACGGCUGGAGGUAAGGAAAUCAAGAAUCGCCAGGAAAUCCUAGACCUGCUGGAUGCACUGUGGAUGCCCAAGAAGGUAGCCAUCAUUCACUGCCGAGGGCACCAGAGAGGAAGUGACCCCGUGGCGAGGGGUAACGCCCUGGCUGACCUGGCGGCCAAAGAGGCGGCGGGAGAGGAGGCUGCAGGAGUACUCCCCAUGGUGCCUACCCCAGUGCUACCUUCCCCGCCUACCUAUAGUAAGGGAGAGGAAAUAGAAGGGAGGAGGCUAGGGGGAAAGGUAGACAAAGGAGGUUGGAUGAUGCUCCCGGAUGACAGGCUUUACCUGCCCCAGGGAGUGCUAACCCAUGUAGUCCGAGAAAUGCAUGCGAGCUCACACCUAGGGCGGGGAAAACUAGAAAAGUUAAUAUUAAAAUAUUACAGGGCUCCUAAUCUAAGGGAGGUUAUAGAGUCUGUAGUGUCCAGAUGCCAGACAUGCGCCAGGGUAAACGCACAGAAUCAAAAAUGCCCUCAAUUUAUCAGGCGUAAGGGAAAUGCCCCUGGAGAGAUCUGGGAGGUUGACUUCACUGAAAUGUCAAAAGGGAAAUCGGGAUACAAAUACCUCUUAGUUCUAGUAGACACCUUCUCGGGCUGGGUGGAGGCCUUCCCCACAAAGGGUGAAACGGCAGCCACGGUAGGGAAAAUCUUAGUCCAAGAAAUAAUUCCCAGAUAUGGCAUUCCCGUGGCGAUUGGAUCAGAUAACGGGCCUGCCUUUGUAUCCCAAAUAUCCCAAAAUCUAGCCGGGAGAUUGGGCAUCACCUGGAAAUUGCACUGUGUGUAUAGACCCCAAAGCUCAGGGCAGGUAGAGAGAAUGAAUCGGACCUUGAAGGAAACAAUUAAAUUAAAGGAGGAGCUCAGGGAGAACUGGGUAGAAUUGCUCCCCUUCGUCUUAUUUAGGGCUCGAUGUACCCCGUACACAGGAGGGUGGACGCCUUAUGAAAUCAUGUACGGGCAGCCUGUGCCACUAGUGCCCAAGCUGACUAGAGAGGAGGUGGAGGCCUCUAAUCAUAACUUUCUAAAGUCCUUACAGGCACUGCAGGCCCUCAGAGAAGAAGUCCGGAGCCUACGAAGGGAGGAAAAGGAGGCAAAUGAAAGAGGCGGUGCUGGCGAACUAAGGACACUGAACCCCGGUCAAUGGGUAUGGAUCCUGAACCACCGGCGAGGAAGCCUUGAACACAGGUGGAUCGGGCCAUUCCAGGUACUGCUAAGCACCCCGACUGCCGUUCUGGUGGCUGAGAAACCCUACUGGAUACACCUCUCCCACAUUAAGCCAGCUCAGAACCCCAGUGAAGAAAAACCAUGGAGAGUUCGACAGGACCCAGGAAAGCCUCUCCGGCUCUCUUUUACCCGCUCUUAA